UGUCGGCGGGGCCCCGGAGAUGUUUGGGAUCCAGGACCAGCUGCCCCGCGGGGCCACGGCCAGCAUGAAGGAGGAGCCGCUGGCCGUCCGCUCCUGGAUGCACUCGGCCGGCGUGGUGGACGCCAACACCGCCGCUCAGAGCGGGGUGGGGUUAGCUCGCGCUCACUUUGAGAAGCAGCCUCCGUCCAAUCUGAGGAAAUCAAACUUCUUCCACUUUGUUUUGGCGCUCUAUGACCGUCAGGGCCAGCCGGUGGAGAUUGAGCGAACCACCUACGUCGACUUUGUGGAGAAGGAGAAGGAACCGACUGGAGAGAAAACCAACAACGGGAUUCACUACAAGCUCCAGCUGCUGUACAGUAAUGGGGUGAGAACGGAGCAGGACCUGUACGUCCGACUCAUCGACUCCAUGACUAAACAGCCGAUCAUCUAUGAAGGUCAGGAUAAGAACCCAGAGAUGUGCCGAGUUCUGCUGACUCAUGAAAUCAUGUGCAGUCGCUGCUGUGAUAAGAAGAGCUGUGGAAACAGGAAUGAGACGCCGUCAGACCCCGUCAUCAUCGACAGGUUCUUCCUCAAGUUCUUCCUGAAGUGUAACCAGAACUGCCUGAAGAACGCUGGGAACCCCCGAGACAUGAGGCGGUUCCAGGUGGUGGUCUCAACAACGGUAAACGUAGAUGGUCAUGUGCUCGCCGUCUCAGACAACAUGUUCGUACACAACAACUCUAAACAUGGCCGCCGUGCACGGAGGCUUGACCCAUCUGAAGGUAAGCAGGAUUUUUUUUACACAGCCACGCCCUGUAUCAAAGCCAUCAGCCCCAGUGAGGGCUGGACGACGGGUGGAGCCACCGUCAUCCUGAUCGGAGACAACUUCUUUGACGGUCUGCAGGUCGUCUUCGGGACCAUGUUGGUGUGGAGCGAGCUGAUAACCCCUCAUGCGAUAAGGGUCCAGACUCCGCCCCGUCACAUCCCUGGGGUCGUGGAGGUCACGCUGUCCUAUAAGUCCAAACAGUUCUGUAAAGGAGCUCCAGGACGCUUCGUCUACACAGCAUUAAAUGAACCGACUAUCGACUACGGCUUCCAGAGGUUACAGAAGGUCAUUCCUCGCCACCCUGGAGACCCAGAGAGGCUGCCAAAGGAGGUGCUGUUGAAGAGAGCAGCUGACCUAGUGGAGGCACUCUACGGGAUGCCCCACAACAACCAGGAGAUCAUCCUGAAGAGAGCGGCCGACAUCGCCGAGGCACUCUACAGCGUUCCAAGGAACCACAACCAGAUCCCGUCACUAGGCAACACCACCUCCCAUGGCAUGAUGGGAGUGAACUCCUUCAGUGGACAGCUAGCAGUCAACGUGUCCGACGCAACGCAAGUCGGCUACAGUCGUAACACCAGCAGUGUGUCGCCACGGGGGUACGUACCAAGCUCCACCCCCCAGCAAAGUAACUACGGUAACACAGUGAGCAACAGCAUGAACGGCUACGGAAACACCGGCAUGCCAAACCUUGGAGUGGCAACGUCUCCCGGAUUCCUCAACGGCUCGUCCACCAACUCGCCCUACGGCAUCGUCCCGUCCAGUCCCACCAUGGCGGUUUCCAACUGUAACUCCUCCCACGGUGUCUUCUCCUUCUCAGCUGCAGUCAAACAGAAGAGCGCCUUUGCUCCAGUUGUCCGACCGUCUGCGUCUCCUCCUCCUCCUCCUAACUGCUCCGGCAACAACUCCAACGGGCUUCAAGCCAUGUCCGGUCUGGUCGUCCCUCCGAUGUAGACGCCGUCUUUCUCAGUCCUCAUCUCUCCUCGCCCUUAGCCACGAGCACCAAUCACCUCAAAGGAAGAGGAGCCCGCGGCCU